AUGAGGUGCUGGUCCGCCAUUUCGACGUUGGUUACAUUCGCAUUCUUCAUCAUCUCAUUCGCAGCCGCUGUCCUCCCAGUCGCUAAUUUCGGUCCUUCGAAGAAUCCUCAAAAUCCGUUUGUAGAUAUGGAUAACUCUCAAAAUAACCCCAUGACGGGGGAUUCCGGUGUUCCAAUAGUCUCCGAUGCCCUCUCGGUGCAGAGAGAUGUAUCGAUCUUCUCAGAAAUCGUCCGGGGCCUAACAAACCACCAGAUUCUUGACCGCCUUGAGGAUAAAGGUCAAAAUACCACUAUUUUAGCUCCUCUUAAUUCCGCCAUGCGAGCCCUCCCGAGAAAACCAUGGGAGGACCCUGAUCCAAGAAACAAUGUCGAAGGAGCCUUCUUCGGCCAUGAGGGUGAGAAAAAGGCUGCCGCCAAUCUCGAGCGAUUCGUCAAGGCCCAUGUUGUCCCCGUAUCUCCCUUCAAGGAGAACGAAAAGGUUCAGACUCUCGAGGGUACUACUGUUUGGUGGACGACUGAGAAUGGAAUCACUAAACUCUACCCAGGCGGAAUCGAAGUCAAGGAGGUCAAAAACCCAGUUCCAAACGGUCAGAUUUGGACCCUGAAGGGCGUGGUACCAUACUAG